AGUACUGCUUGGUGGCAUGCUCUCUAGAAUUCAACAGCUAAUCAAUAUACUCCCACAUCUGCCUAUCUGUCUGCAAUGACCAUUUCCUGAGGAAGUCUGCCAUGUGCUCUGCACUUGGUCAAAAACCAACUCCACAGGUUGAAUGGAGCAAACCGGGUAGUGAAUUACCAAAGGGAAGAGAAACAAAAGAAAAUUAUGGAAAGACACUGAAGAUAGAAAAUAUAUCCUACCAUGACAAAGGAAAUUAUCGCUGUACAGCUAGCAAUUUGUUGGGAAAAGCCAGUCAUGAUUUUCAUAUUAUAGUACAAGAGCCUCCACGCUGGAAAAAGAAACCUCAGAGUGCAGUGUACAGCACGGGGAGCAGUGGCAUCUUGUUGUGUGAAGCGGAAGGAGAACCUCAACCCACGAUCAAAUGGAGAGUCAAUGGCUUCCCGAUUGAAAAUCAUCCAUUUCCGGGUGAUGUCAUGUUCACAAGGGAAAUCAGUUUUACAAAUCUACAACCAAAUCAUACUGCUGUAUAUCAAUGUGAAGCCUCAAAUAUCCAUGGAACAAUCCUUGCCAGUGCCAAUAUUGAUGUUGUAGAUGUUGUCCCACUGAUAAAAACUAAGAAUGAAGAAAAUUAUGCAACAGUGCUUGGGUAUAGUGCUUUCUUACAUUGUGAAUACUUUGCUUCACCCAAGGCCACAGUGAUUUGGGAAGUGGCUGAUGAAGCACAUCCCCUUGAAGGUAGUCGGUACCAUACCCAUGAAAAUGGCACACUGGAAAUCUACAGAACUACUGAGGAAGAUGCUGGAUCGUACUCUUGUUGGGUAGACAAUGCAAUGGGAAAAGCUGUCAUCACAGCCAACUUGGAUAUUAGAAAUGCUACAAAGCUGAAGGUUUCCCCAAAGAAUCCUCGCAUCCCUAAAUCACACAUGCUUGAACUACACUGUGAAAGCCAAUGUGACUCACAUUUGAAGCACACUUUGAAGCUGUCCUGGAGUAAAGAUGGAGAGACUUUUGACAUUAAUGGCACUGAAGAUGGCCGAAUAGUGAUUGAUGGAGCCAAUCUGACCAUAUCUAACAUCUCAGUAGAAGAUCAGGGUAUUUAUUCCUGUUCUGCUCAAACUGCUCUUGAUAGCAUUUCAGAGAAAACUCAAGUAACCGUCCUUGGUGUUCCAGAUCCUCCAGGAUCCCUUCUCUUGUCAGAAAGACAAAACAGGAGUGUCCGGCUGUCCUGGGAAGCUGGAGAUGAUCAUAACAGCAAUAUCAGUGAGUACAUUAUAGAAUUUGAAGGCAACAGAGAGGAACCUGGGAAGUGGCAGGAGCUAACUAGAAUCCCAGGAGAAGAAACAGAGGCUGUGUUAUCUUUGGCUCCAUAUGUAAGAUAUCAGUUCAGAGUCAUAGCAGUGAAUGAAGUGGGGAGAAGUUACCCCAGCCAGCCAUCGGACCAUCACGAAACUCCACCAGCAGCUCCAGACAAGAAUCCACAGAACAUCAGGGUUCAAGCAUCCCAACCCAAGGAGAUGAUUAUAAAAUGGGAGCCUUUGAAAUCCAUGGAGCAAAAUGGACCAGGACUGGAGUAUAGAGUGAGCUGGAAGCCCCAGGGAGCACCAGAGGAAUGGGAGGAAGAAACAGUCACAAACCACACACUGCGUGUGAUGACACCUACUGUCUAUGCUCCUUAUGAUGUCCAAGUUCAAGCCAUUAAUCAACUUGGCUCUGGGCCUGAGCCUCAGCCAGUGACACUCUAUUCAGGGGAAGACUAUCCUAGUACAGCUCCUGUGAUCCAUGGUGUGGAUGUUAUGAACAGCACAUUAGUUAAAGUUACCUGGUCAUCAAUUCCAAAGGAAACAGUACACGGGCUUCUGAGAGGAUACCAGAUAAAUUGGUGGAAAACCAAAAGUCUGUUGGAUGGAAGGACACAUCCCAAAGAAGUGAACAUCCUACGAUUUUCAGGACAGCGGAACUCUGGAAUGGUUCCGUCCCUAGACGCCUUCAGUGAAUAUCACCUAACAGUCUUAGCCUAUAAUUCCAAAGGAGCUGGUCCAGAGAGUGAGGCUUAUAUAUUUCAAACACCAGAAGGAGUACCUGAACAGCCAAGUUUUCUCAAGGUCAUCAAAGUUGAUAAAGACACUGCCACUUUAUCCUGGGGACUGCCUAAGAAACUAAAUGGAAAUUUAACUGGUUAUCUUUUACAAUACCAGAUAAUAAACGACACUUAUGAGAUUGGAGAGUUAAAUGAAAUCAAUGUUACUACUCCAUCUAAAUCUAGCUGGCAUCUCUCAAACCUCAAUGCAACAACCAAAUACAAGUUCUACUUGAAGGCAUGCACCUCAAAAGGCUGUGGAAAGCCAAUAAGUGAGGAAAGUGCCACACUGGGAGAAGGGAGUAAAGGUAUCAGGAAGAUAACAGAAGGAGUAAAUCUUACACAAAAGAUUCACCCUGUAGAGGUACUUGUGCCGGGAGCGGAACAUAUUGUUCACCUAAUGACUAAGAACUGGGGUGAUAACGAUAGCAUUUUUCAAGAUGUAAUUGAGACAAGAGGGAGAGAAUAUGCUGGCUUGUACGAUGACAUCUCCACUCAAGGCUGGUUUAUUGGACUGAUGUGUGCAAUAGCUCUACUCACACUCAUAUUGUUAACUAUUUGCUUUGUGAAGAGAAACAGAGGUGGAAAGUAUUCAGUAAAAGAAAAGGAAGAUUUACACCCAGAUCCAGAAGUUCAAUCAGCAAAAGAUGAAACUUUUGGUGAAUACAGUGACAGUGAUGAGAAGCCUCUCAAAGGAAGCCUUCGGUCCUUGAAUAGGAACAUGCAGCCCACAGAGAGUGCUGACAGCUUAGUGGAAUAUGGAGAGGGGGACCACUCCAUAUUCAAUGAAGAUGGGUCUUUCAUUGGGGCCUACACCGGAGCUAAAGAGAAGGGCUCUGUUGAAAGCAAUGGAAGUUCAACAGCCACGUUCCCACUACGGGCAUAAGCACAGCACAUUCAAGCACUGUGGCUGGCUAGCCCAGACAUCCCCAGUCUCUUCUGGGGAGCAAAGCCUUUUACAGAGGAGUGAAAACACACAUCUAGAGGUUGACAUUCUGCAAUUUGCUCAGAAAAAUAGCACUGCCUUCAAAAAGAAAAAAAAUCAGAUGCCAAACAUUUCAGGCCUGUGUUUCAUUUUUGGUUUUGUUUUCGGGUGCUCAAAAUGCAGAACACAAAACAAAUCCUGUACUUAGAUCCACUUUCACUCAAUCCAAAGUUCCUGUUUCACAUACUCUGCUUCUGCCUGGUUCUCCUGUUUAGUGUGCGUGCGUUAAUGUUGCUAACCAUGUGGGUUUCUUUCUGGCUGCACAAUUGUACUUAAUUUUUAAGAACUGUUUUAGUGACUUUGAUUCACUACAGGAAACAAGAUUGUAAGCAAGCAAGCUGGUUAUUUAAAAAUGUAAAAAGGAUUAUGAAUGUUUAUUAAACACUUCAUGAAUCUAAAUAGUCUAACGUUAUUAUUUAAAAUUUUAGUAAUAAAAGACAUAGAUGAUCAUGCAACUUGUAUUUAUUGAGCUCCUAACAAUUUGCCCAGAGGCUGCCAUUUUAUGCAGAGUUACACUGUUUUCAAUUUCUGGAAGAUUUAAUUUCUGUCAGUAUGGUAACUCUGCAUCUUUCUUUCUCUCUCUUCCUUUCUUCCUUUCUUUCUGUUUUUAAACUUAGACUAACUGGAGCUCAAAAGGAGUGGUGGUCAGGAGUUAUUUUAAAAGCAGAAAGAUGUUGAUGAUUGUAUUUUGUGUCUUCAUUUGUAUGCUCACAGCAUUCAGCCUUUAUGUUUAUAUACUGGUACCCUUGGAUGUAUUUCAUGAAUGCAUUGUACAUAUUGUAUUAAUAUUUACACAGUUUAAAACAUAGUGUUUUAUUUUGAAGUGAGAAAGAGAACAUUAAUAGGCAUGAAUGUACAGCUAGAGUGUAUAUAGUAGGAUGCUGUUUUCAUUCUUCUGGGGCUAGACACAAUAACCCGGGGUUCCAAAUUCAAGAUUACAUGAAGAAUUGGAUUCUGUCCUUAUAUAUCUCUACUUCAAUGCUCUCAAAAUAAAAUAUAACCAUGGAGGAAAAUGCAUUCAUAUUUUUCAAAAUAAGUUCUGGAGUGGGUUCCUGCCCCAUUCCCCCACAAAGAAAAUUAUUUAUAGCAGAAGUUCUUCUAUACCAGUUAGUUUAUAACAUAUUGUAAAUGUAUUUGUGGUAGUAUCAUCAUUUUCAAUGUUUUCCCUCUGUCAAAGUUAGUACAGUGUCCAGGAAUUUAGUUUCUGGCAUGUGGGCUACCAGUCCGUCUUAAAAUGGUACAGAAGUUUUAGAAUGGUUUAGAAAUGACUUGAAGGACUCUGAAUACAUAUAAGUAAAUAAUUAAUGUUUGCUCUCUCAUUUAACAGAAACAUUUAACGUGACUGCUAAAUAUUAACUAUGUUAAGUGAUCCAGUUCACCGAUUUCACUUUGCUUUGUGUAAUUACUGGCAUAUGCUAUUCAGUGUCCAGGUUUAAUUGACAUGAUGCAGUGUGUUGCUUGGGGUUUAAAAUCAUGGAUAUGUAAAAUGGCCAAUGCAGUAAUGUACAUGAAAAAUACUUUCUUACUUCAUGUAUAUUCCAGAAUACAUAGACAGGAAAAGCUUGUUUCGAAACCAUGGACCCCAAUGUUUGGCUACUCACCUGUAAGUAGCAAAAGAAAGGGGAAGACAUUGUUGUGCUCUAGCCUGCCUGUGUGUGAGGGUCCACACUUAAACCUGUGCAAACUGAUCUCCAGCCCUAUCUGAUGAGUAAUGCACAGAUUGCUGGAGAAGCCAUCAUCAUGUACUAUUUCUGUGGAAGGAACUGUGAUACUGCUCUUCACAGAAAAUAAAGGAUGUCACUGAGAGUUAAUUAUGGUAUCAUUCUGCUUCCUCCUUCUUGUAAUCAGUCUAAGUGUUGUUUGGAACGUGUCACAUGAGUUGAAAAUAAUAUCCAAAAUCUAGAAUAGAUUCAUUAUGAAUUUAACAAUAUUUAAGUCAAAAGUCAACAAUAAUGCUUACAUUUUUGUUCCAAAUGGACUUCAUCAUUCUUUUUUAGCUGUUGUAAAAUGAGACUGUGUUAUAACAGCUUUUGCUAGCCUCUGUGAACUUCUAAAUACUAUUCGGCUUCAUUCUGAUGUAAAUCUUCAGUACAGCAAGACAAGGUUCAUGGAUUGCUUUUAUUUUAAUUGUAGACCUUAUUAUUCAAUAUGUCAAAAUGAGAGCAAAUCCAGUAGGUUAAAGUGGAUUUAAUUCUUUUUCUCUCUUAGACAAUAAGUGGUAGAUUGUGUGAAAUGCAAUGCUGAUUACAAAUGGGCAAUUUUAUUUGGGAAAUGGCCCCUGAGUCCUAAGGCAGCUGCUAAUAUGUACAACUCCAUUCUUAAUUUUUUUGUAGUAACUUUAUGUAGUCUACUGACAAUAUGAUUUUAAUAUAAGUGAUUGUAUAUAAUCUCAAGGAUUGUGGAUGGGGAUAGGUUCAGAGAGAGCUGCUCGAGGGUCAGGAAAAAUCUGUGUUCUCUUCCAGGGUCCAGCGCUGACUUUACAUAAAAACCUUAGGCAGGUUGCUGAACUGCUUCACGUCAAACUGUGCUACAAAGUGCUAAUGUUCGCUAUCACAGGGUGUUCUUUUGUACAAAGAAAAUUUACAAGUGAUAAAAUCUAAGAUGCCUUUUAACUUCAUAACCCAACCUGUAAUCAAAUUAUGUAUCAAAAAGUCACCCCCACAUACACCAACUCAACUUUUCCCUCUCUAAGCACAUAAAUAUAUUUUUAUAGAAAACAGAUCUACAGAAAAUAAACUAAAUCUACUGUUAAGUGAGGAGUAUGAUUUGCACAUGCCAUUGAAAAUUAUUAAUCAGAAGAAAAAUAAGCAGGGUCUUUGCUAUAUAAAAGCGUUUUCCACUAAUUCUGCAUGCGUAUUUAUAAGAUGAGAAAUCAGUAGAUUUAUUCUCUUGGUAUAAAGGCAUCUGAUAUUUUAGAUGUACCCAUGUUUAUAAAAAAACUGUAGAGCACAAUGGACUUAAUGCUAUUUUAUACUGAUGGAAGAGAGAGAGAACAAUAAGGAGAGAUGUUGGCUGCUUUUCUAAGUAUUUAAAACAUAUUUGCCAAUUGAAACCCUAAGUAUGUUUACAUGCCAUGAAGGCAUAAUUCUUAUAACAACUUUAAAUUGGUUGUAAUAGGACUGGUUUGUGGUCUGUGGUAGUAGAUGUAUCCUAGUGUUCCUAUAGUGAGAUAGGUAGGACUGAGCCAAAGCUACUUUGUUUUGUCUUCAACUGACUGCAUUGUCAAAGAGACAAAGGGUACAGUGAGCAGGCUCACCUUGUUAGCUUUUCUGUUCUUACUUAGAUUAAUGUUCACAGUAGAUCUUUAUUCAAAUGUGUUUGUGUUGUAGAUGGUGUUUGUACUAUGCUUAUGGAUAUGUAUGGUUCAAAACUAUUUUCAUUACACAUGGAAUUCAGCUUUCAAAUAAAAGUUUGACCAUGUACUUGAAA